AUGUCGGACUCUGCUCAAGUGUUUAUGGACAAUGUCUAUCAUUUAACAGGAUAUUUACACAGACUUCUUUUUCUUAUGAAAGAGCUAGAUAAAAAAGAACAUAAAAUAAAUAUAGGUAUUGAAAAGAAAGAAGAACUAUAUUUAGAAAGGUUACAUUAUGCUCACAAGAAUAAAUUAGAAAAUCAUAUAAAACAUAAUAAUAAUAAUAAUAAUAAUGAAAAUGAAAAUGAAAAUGAAAAUGAAAAUGAAAAUUCAAAUACAGAUUCUCAUGAUUCAAAUAAUGAAGAUAAUAAUGACAAAAAAAAUGACAUAUCUUUAGAACAUGUAUUGAAAAAGAUGAAAAAAAAAAAAAACGAUCUUUCUUUAAAUGAUAAUGAUUUGAAUAAUGAAGAAGACGAAAGGAAAAAUUUAGAUAACGAAAAUAAUAUGGAUAGGUCAAAUGGAUUUAUUAAAGAAGAGGAAGCAAAUAAUAUUGAAAAUAUGAAAAGUGAUGGUAAUAUACAAAGUGAUGAAAAAAAAAUAAAAAUAAAAAUAAAAAAAGAUUCUAUACAUAUAAAAGAAAAUGGAAAUUGUCAUAAUAAUAAUAAUAAUAAUAGUAAUAACAUUUUUGAUGAUAAUGAUGAAAAAGAGAAUAAAUAUAAAAAAAAAAAUAGUAAUAUUUUAAGUGAUAUCGAAAGUAAAAAUGAAGGGGAGGAAGCAAAAGACCAGAAUAAGAUGAAUCGUCUUUUUAAUAGUAGUAAUGAUAUUGAAGAAAAUAAAGAAAAUUACCCCUUUUCAUUUUCAAAACAUGAAGAGAAAGGUAUAGAAUUAGAUGAAUUUAAAAAUAAUGAUAUAAAAAAAAAUAUAUUAAAUGAAGAUGAAAAAAAUAUGGAUUUUUUAUUUAAUGAUGAUGAAAUGAAUAAAUAUUUAAAUGAAAUAAUAAAUGAUAGAGAACAAUGUAUGGCUUUAUUGAGAGAAAAAAUAUGUAUUAAUAAUCAGAUUGCAUAUAUGAUCAAACAUGAUUAUGAAAAAUUAAAAAAACAAUAUGAUAAACUAUAUACAGAAAUGGAAAUGAAUGGAGAAGUAUUACCACAUAUGUUUAACUCCUCAAAAAAUAAAUAUACAUCAACAGAAUAUGAUGAAUAUUAUAAUGUAAAGAAUAAAAAUAUUUAUGCUAUAGAUUAUCAUCAAUAUGAAGAUACCUAUGAUAUGGCAAGCUACAUGGAUAAAGCAAAAGAUGAUGAAGAAGAAGACGAAGAUGAAAAGGAUGAAUACCAAGAAAAUGAUGAUAUUGAAGAAGAAGAAGAUGAUGAUGAAGAGGAGGAGGAAAAGGAAGAAAUAAACAAAAAGAAAAAAAAAAAAAAAAAAAAAAAAGAACAUCAUAUUAAAGAGGAACAAAAUAAAGAAAAAUAUGGUAAGGAUAAAAUUAUGAAAGAAAAAAAUGUUAAAGAAAAAAAUGUUAAGGAUAAAAAUGUUAAGGAUAAAAAUGUCAAGGAUAAAAUUAUGAAAGAAGAAAAAGAAGGACAAAGCGAUUUACAAGAAUAUGAAACUGAAAGUAGUAAAAAUAAUAUUCCAAGAAAAAGCUUAAGCAAAAAACAUUCCAUUAAAUAUGAUGAUGAAUAUAUUCCAUAUAUUUCAGACAAAGUAAAAAGAUAUAAAAAACAGAAAAAAAACAAAAACCAAAAUAAUGAGUCUUCAAAUAAAUCAUACCAAAGUGGAAUUGAGAAAAUGGAAGGAGAAAAAAAAAAUGAACAAACAAAAAAUAUUGAUGAGAUAAAAAAUAUUGAUGAGAUAAAAAAUAUUGGUGAGAUAAAAAAUAUUGGUGAGACAAAAAAUAUUGAUGAGGUAAAAAUUACUGAUGAGAUAAAAAUUACUGAUGAGAUAAAAAUUACUGAUGAGAUAAAAAUUACUGAUGAGGUAAAAAUUACUGAUGAGGUAAAAAAUAUUAAUGGGGUAAAAAAAAAUAAGGAAAGCAAAGUGUAUAAUAAUACCAUAAAAAAAAAUGAAGAUAGUAAUAAAAGCAGGGAAAUCAAUCAUAGUAAUGAAACUAUCAAAAGUAAUAAUGAGGCUAAUAAAAAUAAAAGUUCUGAAAAAAUAAAAAGUAAGAGUGUUGAAAUUAAUAAAAAUAUAAUAAAUACAGAAAAAAUAAAAAGUAAGAGUGUUGAAAUUAAUAAAAAUGGUAAAACUAUUAACAAAAGUAAAAAUAAUGAUAGUAAAAAUAAAUAUAAAACAAAAAAUAAAAGUAAAAGUGUAAGUAUAAAUAUUGACAAUAAUAAUAAUAAUAAAUAUUUAAUUAAAAAUUGUUCAAACAUACAAACAAAUAAAAAUAACUCAGAAGAAAAUAAAACUAAAAACCAUGCAAAUAAUAAUGAGAGCUUAUCAUCUCAUAUAUCAUCUUUAUUUGAUAAAAAUCAAAAUGAAGAAACAACUGUAGGAAAUUCAACAAAAAAUGAAAAAUAA